AUGGGCACUACUCGUGGAAUGGACACGAGAUUCUGGUGCAACUUGGAUCCGAAUCGUGUCUGGAGAGCUCCGACACCGAAGUGCGACGAGGAGAAUCCGCUGGUGCAGGACGAGAAUCGGAGAAUUAAUUCAGGUUAGUAAAUUACAGAAUACUUCACGGGGUGGUGGAAACUGAAGCUUGAAUCCAACUUGCUCUGACAUCGAGCUGAUAAGGAAGAGUUGACGCGAACUUUUGAGACACUCCAUGAACUCGUGAGACAUUUUUUGAUAGACAUUCUCCUUCCCAGACGACAGCGUUUUCUUUAAGACUAUUAUAAUCACGGCAUUUCUUUUAAAAAUCGAAUCGUAGGCACUGCAGAGCACUUCUUUUUCAGUGUUACUUUUCGACGGAAAGUGAAACUCCGGCUGCUGCCCUUGAACACCUGGGGUCCCAGGUCGAUGGAAUAGUUAAUACGCAACAUAAAAUUGAAAUCCACUUGUGGAAUGGCAGUAGUCCCCUUUUGUAGUCCUCUGACGGCAGAGCAGAAAAGAUCAGUGCGGAACGCGUCCAUCAUCAUCUCGCCACCUCGUUCCCAUCGGCCCGGAGGAUCCCAUCGGCCAGGCGUUUUGCCUAAUGGCCGCUUUUUCCUCUUCAUCAUCACCCAAUCGUGGCUGAUUUACGAGGCACCUCCACCACCAGAACCACAUCCCCUCUGA